AUGAAUCAGAAGAAAGGCGAUAUAAGUCAAAUUCUGGGCCUCUUCGAAGCCUACACUGGUCAGGCCGGACGGAAACAUAUGGCGGACCUGCGCGCGCAUAUCCCUGAUCGUGCAGAGCUCAGCGACUCAGCACAAAAACGAUAUGACAUCCUCGACAUAUUCGACUACACAGAAAGGCUUGCUCGAGAGUUUCAGAUUGAAGCGGCAGAAGCAGAACCUGAGACGUUUGCCUGGAUAUGGGAGACUGGACCUGGGUCGCCAGGUUUCUCCGACUGGCUAGCACAGGAGUCGGGGCUAUUCUGGAUCUGCGGGAAACCUGCGAGUGGUAAAUCGACCCUGAUGGAUUACCUCGCCAAAGAUUGCAAUACUUCUGAAAGGUUGAAGAUCGCUCGUGCCUCUGAGUGGACGAUCAUUCGUUUCUUCUUUGACUUCCGUGCCGGGAAAGGCAUCUCCAACAACUUCGAAGGUCUUCUCAAAUCUCUGCUUUUCCAAAUUCUCGAAAAGGUGGACGACCUUAGGUCUGUGCUACAAGAUUUCACUCGUGGUAAGGGACAUGUCUCGACGAUGUCCCUAACGCAGACCCGAAGGUUACUGGAAGCAUUACUCAGACAAAUGCCGAGUAAUCUGUGCAUCUUCAUUGAUGGCCUAGAUGAAUAUCAAGGCGAUAUGAUUCAGCUCACAAGGUUUUUAAAAACCGUCCCCAGCACCGGGGGCUAUUUAGUAAAACUUUGUGUUGCUAGCCGUCCUGGGCCAUAUAUUUCGACAGCAUUGACGCAUUGUCCAAAGUUCCAGCUAGAAAUUUAUAAUUCUUCUGGCAUCAAGCGAUUCCUUUCUUCGUUCGUUAAGGAUUAUCCUGUUGCAUCAAACCAAGACAAAGAAAACCUAAUCAAGCAGAUUACGGAGAAGGCGAACGGUGUCUUUCUGUGGGCUCGAUUUGCAGUCUACGAGCUCGUGAAAAGCUUUGAAAAGGGCGAAAACAUAACAAAGCUAUCGGCAAGACUAGCGAGCCUUCCCCCAGAACUGGAGGACAUUUAUUCUCGGAUCAUCAACAACCUGAGUACAGACGAAAGAGCUGAGGCGAGCAUGAUGUUUCGUUUGGUAGCUUUUGCUAUAGGUGAUCUAACACUAGAGAUCUUGUCAAUCGCAAUAGAAUCUGUAUUAGGUGAAACACGCCUGCAAAAAGGCCCAGUGCAGCCUGAGACCUGCGAAAAAUUCUUGAGAAGGAUUAGGUCUUUGACGGGAGGUCUUAUUGAGGUGGUCAUUAACGUCAGAAAGGUUAAGCUCACUUCUGGUGCCAUUAAUGUAUUCAAUCUUUCCAUUGUCAAGCUUACACACAAGACUGUCCAGUCGUAUCUGGAAUGCAACGACUGGCUGUCAAACUCACGAUUGGAAGUACCUUCUCCAUGGCUUCAGAUCUGCUCAACAUAUUUGAAUAUGGUGUCGCAAGAGCUGCAAAGGUUAGAUUCAAAACCAAAACAACGAGCUGUGAUUCACGAUCUCUAUGCAAGCUAUUUCUUGCCAGGAUCUGUGCUGGUCGGUUGGUGGAACAUUGAGAUUUACCGUCGUAUCAACCCUGACCUCAAUCUUCUCAAUUUUUCAAGAUAUUCAGCUGCAACGAUUUUUGAGUAUGCGUUAACGUGCGAAAAGCAACUUGGCGUUUCCUCUUACAGUUAUGUACGUCAAUGUCUGAACACAAGCAUAGCUCGGCUCCACGAAGGAGCCCGCUCAUGUUUCGAUGACUGCACGCGCUAUUUCUCGAAUCCCACUUCGCUGGAUCUGACGCUGCUCUGCUCUGCAGGUCAUGGAUUGGCUUUAUCAGUGGAACAAGCCAUCGCGGAUGGUGCUGAUGUUAAUGCGCUUGGGAAUGACACACUUAACAUGGCCCUAUAUUUUAUACAUGAUCACUUUGAAGUCGAGCGUAACUGGGGUCUCAAACUCCUCCAAAAGAUCUUGGAGAGCAAUGUGCAUGUCAAUGAUGCAAACAUCUUAUAUGCAAUCAGGUACAAUAUUGUGGAGAUUCUGGAAUUAUUUUUGUACUCUACACCUGCCGGCAAGUUACGCCUCAGAACCAACGGAGACGAAAGGGUUGGCGCACUUUGGGCCUCGGCACAAACAUUCAAAGAUGCAGUAGAAAAGAUCGAUCUAUUUCUCGAUCGUGGUGAGGAUGUCAAUGAGGUUUUUGGACCUGACGGGACAGCCCUUCAUGCUGUCAUCUUAGGCUUCAGAGAUUUCGGGCACAUGUCCGAGUUCUUGGCAACAGCGAGUUAUCUGCUCGAACGAGGUGCAGAUCCAAAUAUCAGCUGUGUAUCCGGCUCACCACUUGUGUUGGCAUGGAGUCACGUGCCUUACUAUCUACGAGUCGCAAAUUGCGAGAGGCUUCCUGAAAUGCUGCAGCUCCUCUUAUCUCAUGGAGCUCGCUUCGAGCCGCUGAAUGCAGCAGUUGCCACUCCAAGCGAAGAGGAGAUGUGGGAUUUCUGCAAGCUUUCAAGGGGAGAAUACGUAGCCAAGUACAAGACUGAAGAGGAGCUUCCACGCGCAAUCUUCCCACCAAACAAUUCAGGUUAUGGCUCAGACCAAGAUGGAGCCCUAACUGAACUGGAUCGAGAUCCUACACCUGCACAAAUACCAGCCGGCGCCACUUUGCAUACGCCCUUACGCCGUUACCGCAAAUGCGAAACCGCCUGGAAAGAUUCCAAAGCUUAUAAUGAGCUGAAAAAUAUCUUCGUUUCCCAAAUACUCAAACAAGAUGGACGCACCACCAAGUGCAUCUGUUUCGGUCUCGGAAGCCCAACCGAGCGCGACCCUGACAACGCGUCCAUGUACCAACUCGCCGCCUUUAAAUCCGUCAUCGACCUUCUCCCUGCGCGACAACGCCAACCUCCUGCGGCGCUUGCCCAGGAUCCCUGCUUCAACACUCUCGACCGGGAACUGCUUUCGCACCUCCACAUCUCCGUGGUCACCCAUCCAGCAGCCUUCCACCACAUCAACCCCACCACCACCUUCGUCUUCUGUCCCUACGUAGACCCUGACGUCCUCAAUGAGGUCGUGAGCCGCUCCCCGGCCAUCUACUUAGGCUGGCACCCCCUGGAAGUCGAGCCAUGCUAUGAAGUGAAGGUGCUGAUGGCGGAGCUCCGCAGGAAGCGUAAGAAAUUUCUCAGGCUGCCGGCUUUUGAGCCCAUCAUCAACCCUAGUAGAAACAUUUUUGAUGAGAUGAGUAUCUUUUGGACCUCUUCUUCUCACCGAUGCCAAAGGCCGGCGGUGGUGGUUUGA